UUGCAGGUGAAGGACUUAACAAAAUACUUGGAUCCCAGUGGGCUCGGCGUGAUCAGUUUUGAAGACUUCUACCACGGGAUCACGGCGAUCAGAAAUGGAGAUUCUGAUGGCCAACUGUGCAGCAUUGUACCUGCCCAGGACGAGGAGCCACAGGCCUGCCCUGAUGAGUUUGAGGACUUUGUUACCUUUGAGGCCAAUGAAGUGACAGACAGUGCAUACAUGGGUUCCGAGAGCACCUACAGCGAGUGUGAGACCUUCACUGAUGAGGACACAAGCACUCUGGUGCAUCCUGAGCUGCAGCCUGAAGGGGACAUGGACAGUGCGGGCAGCUCAGCCAUGCCCUCCGAGUGCCUGGAUGCCAUGGAGGAGCCCGGCCACGGUGCUCUGCUGCUGCUCCCAGGCAGAUCCCACCUGCAUGGCCAGUCUGUCGUCACAGUGAUAGGUGACGAGGAGCAUUUUGAAGAUUAUGGUGAGGGCAGUGAGGCAGAACUGUCCCCAGAGACCCUCUGCAAUGGGGAGCACGGCUGCAGAGACCCUGCUUUUCUCACUCCCAGUGCUGACCCGCUUGCCGCAAAGCUGCACAGCAUCCUCACUGAUGAGGCCUUUGAGUUUUACUGUAGCCAGUGCCAUAAACAAAUCAACCGCCUAGAGGAUCUUUCUGCUCGCCUGAAUGAUCUUGAAAAGAAUAGUCCAACGAAGAGGCUCUCCAGCAAGAAGGUGGCAAGGCACCUGCAUCAGUCAGGGGCCCUGACCAUGGAGGCCCUGCAGGACCCUCCCCUGGACCCCGAGGAGGGCAUGGAAGAGGACAUUGCAGACAAGGUUGUCUUCUUGGAGAAGCGGGUGUCAGAGCUUGAGAAGGACACCGCUGCCAAUGGGGAGCAACAUAGCCGACUGAGGCAGGAAAAUCUCCAGCUGGUGCACAGAGCCAAUGCCCUUGAGGAGCAGUUGAAGGAACAAGAGCUGAGAGCUUGUGAGAUGGUCCUGGAAGAGACACGGAAGCAGAAGGAGCUCUUGUGCAAGAUGGAGAGAGAGAAGAGCAUUGAGAUCGAGAACUUGCAAGCCAGGCUGCAGCAACUGGACGAGGAGAACAGUGAGCUGAGGUCCUGCACGCCCUGUCUGAAGGCCAACAUAGAACGCCUGGAGGAGGAGAAGCAGAAGCUACUGGAUGAAAUUGAAGAGUUGUCACUGCGGCUCAGUGAAGAGCAGGAAAACAGGAGGAAGCUGGGAGACAGGCUGAGUCACGAGAGACACCAAUUCCAGAAGGACAAGGAGGCAACCCAGGAGCUAAUUGAGGACCUGCGAAAGCAGCUGGAGCACCUACAGCUCUUCAAGCUGGAGGCGGAGCAGAGGAGGGGCCGGAGCAGCAGUGUAGGCCUGCAGGAGUACAAUAGCAGGAACCGGGAGAGCGAGCUGGAGCAGGAGGUCCGCAGGCUGAAGCAGGAUAACCGUAACCUGAAGGAGCAGAACGAUGAGCUCAAUGGGCAGAUCAUAAACCUAAGCAUCCAGGGCGCCAAGAACCUCUUCUCCACAUCCUUCUCUGAGUCUCUGGCUGCAGAAAUCAGCUCUGUCUCCCGCGAUGAGCUCAUGGAAGCUAUUCAAAAGCAGGAAGAGAUCAACUUCCGCCUGCAGGACUACAUUGACAGGAUCAUUGUCGCCAUCAUGGAGACCAACCCGUCCAUCCUGGAGGUCAAGUAGAAGCAGGCAAGCCCAGGCCAGGAUGAUUCUGGACUCCACCAACAUCCCAGAGAUGGCCACGGCACACGUAGGCCAAGAAUAGCAGGUCCAUGCCCAAGGAGCCCAGAGUACACAGCUGAGCUGGGACGCAUAAAGACGGGGUGCUGGAAGAGCGGGGAGGACAAGGAAGUCCCAGGUCUAGAGCCCACAACAGGUGCAGGCGGAAUUGGGUCUGCUCUCAGCUCUGGCCUUCCCCUGACCCCCUCUCUGCAGAGAUGUGGGGACAGUGUCUCAUGCUGGGAUGAGCCCCUCCAUGAGCUCCCUCCUGCAUAGUAGACCUUCCUGCUGUCCUGCCCUGUCGGGGAAAAGGGAAGGAAAUGGGUCCCCACCUGGGGUGCAGCCAUCCAUAUCUGCAGGGCAUCCUGACCUGAUGCCAGCCAUGUCUCAGCUGCUCCUGGACAAUCUAGAGGCCCCAGGAACCUUGCACCAGAUGCAAAAGAAAGGCAGUGAGGCCAGUGCAAGUCAGGGUCUGACCAGAAGCUGCAGGGCCCUCCCUUCCCCCAAGAUUUUCUGGGGCUAUCUCCCUGAGUUGCUCAGGCCAUCACUGCUCAGGCUACCGCCCAGCCAGAAGGGGCAUCUCAGUCCAGCUUUAGGCCCAGGGGCUUCCGGCCAUGUGACUGUUCCCACAGUUGGACCCUUGCUACAAUAACCUUUGGGAGCUCUGAUCCUUCUGUGGGGGCUGGGGCAGAAGCCUCUACUCUGAAAUCAGGACUUGAGUGCCUAAUGGUAUGGAAUGUACUGUCUGGAUGGGGUGGACAUUGCCAGCCACCCGACUCCUGGGGUGCAGAUAGGGCUAUGGUGAGGUGCUGCCUCCCCAUGGGUGUGGCCUUCCUGGCCUCCUGGAUUAUUUCGCUCUCUGUGCAGAUCUUGCUGCCUUGGGUGAAGUCCCAUUUUCCCAGACCAGAAUCCAAAUGUUUCAUCCAGGAGUCUGAAGUCAGAAGUCAACGUUCUUCCCCAGGUGCAUUCUGCAGGAUGGGCAGGGCAGGCUCUCCAAGGACACAGAUCAAGAGCAGAGAACAAGGCCGUCCCUUCCUGGCAGCUUGGGGAUUGCCUUGCCCAGCUGUACGCUGCCACUGCCCAGCACCUGCGCUGCCAGGAGCAGCAUUGUCACCCCCACAGGGAUGCUGGGCCUACUGCCCACCUUAGCCCGAGCACUGGCCAGGAGCCUCCAAGCGCUCCCAGGUGGGCUAAGACCCACGCACAAACUGGCCACUGUUGUGUGCGACUGUGUAUGGGAGGUGUAUGCGUGUGUGUGUGUGUGUGUGUGUGUGUGUGUGUAAGUGUGUAAGCGUGUGUGUUGCCCUGCAUCCCUCCACCCUCCAUAUGGCUCACCUUCUACACUAAGACUUAAGACAUUGCCUCGUAUUGUAUAUUUUGGGGAAAGCCUUGGGUGUAAAUCAAUGUAAACUUGGAGGAGAGAUUUUUCUAUCAUGUAGAGUAGGUAUUUUUUAUAGAUUGGAGGUUGGUCAAUUUUUUUAAUACUUCCAAGAGAGAAAACUAUCUGUGUAUACACAUGAAAUAUAUAUAUAUAUAUAUAUAUAUGUAUGUAUGAUAAUAAAUACGGGAACUCUGCAUUCUGUGCCCAGCCUCACCCUGCUGACACAGCCUUGGUUCUGUCUAUCACUCAUCAGUACUGUAACUGUAAAUACAAAUUGCCUGGAGAUGUUGCAUACAAACACCCAGGCACUGACUUGCA